CGCGCGCGCGCCGUGGCCGAGCCGUUCGGACUCCCCGGACCCCAGGGGCCUUGUCUCACCCCUGCGCGCAGCGGAGGCAGCGGGGAGGCCACAGGAGCGUGAGGCAGCAUGUCUGACAAAAUGUCCAGCUUCCUCUACAUUGGGGACAUCGUGUCUCUGUACGCGGAGGGCUCAGUCAACGGCUUCAUCAGCACCCUGGGGCUGGUGGAUGACCGCUGUGUGGUACACCCAGAGGCAGGGAACCUUGCCAAUCCCCCCAAGAAGUUCAGAGACUGCCUUUUCAAGGUGUGCCCUAUGAAUCGAUACUCUGCCCAGAAGCAAUACUGGAAAGCCAAGCAGGCAAAGCAAGGAAACCACUCUGAGGCGGCCCUGCUGAAGAAGCUCCAGCACGCCGCUGAGCUGGAACAGAAACAGAAUGAAUCAGAGAACAGGAAGCUUUUGGGAGAAAUCGUGAAAUACAGCAAUGUUAUACAACUGCUGCAUAUAAAAAGCAACAAGUACCUGACUGUCAACAAGAGGCUGCCCGCGCUACUGGAGAAGAAUGCCAUGCGUGUGUCCUUGGACGCCGCAGGGAACGAAGGGUCCUGGUUCUACAUCCAUCCCUUCUGGAAGCUGAGAAGUGAGGGUGAUAAUAUCGUCGUAGGAGAUAAAGUUGUUCUGAUGCCUGUGAACGCUGGGCAGCCCCUGCACGCGAGCAAUGUGGAGCUCCUGGACAACCCGGGCUGCAAAGAGGUGAACGCCGUCAACUGUAACACUAGCUGGAAAAUCACUUUAUUCAUGAAAUUCAGUUCCUAUCGAGAGGACGUGUUGAAAGGGGGCGAUGUUGUGAGACUGUUUCAUGCUGAACAAGAGAAGUUUCUGACCUGUGAUGAUUAUGAGAAAAAACAGCACAUUUUCCUUCGGACGACCUUGCGCCAGUCAGCAACUUCAGCUACUAGUUCUAAAGCACUCUGGGAAAUAGAGGUGGUUCACCACGAUCCAUGCCGAGGCGGCGCCGGACAAUGGAACAGCCUGUUCAGAUUUAAGCAUCUUGCAACUGGGAACUACCUAGCUGCAGAGCUCAAUCCUGACUAUCGAGAUGCUCAAAAUGAGGGAAAGGCUGCGAGGGACGGAGAGCUUCCGGCCUCAAAGAAGAAGCGCCAAGCAGGGGAGAAGAUCAUGUACACGCUGGUCUCAGUACCACAUGGAAAUGAUAUCGCAUCCCUUUUCGAACUCGACGCCACAACUCUUCAGAGAGCUGACUGCCUGGUUCCAAGGAACUCCUAUGUGCGGCUAAGGCAUUUGUGCACCAAUACCUGGGUAACAAGCACCAGCAUCCCCAUAGACACCGAGGAAGAGAGGCCCGUCAUGCUGAAAAUUGGAACUUGCCAGACUAAGGAAGACAAAGAAGCUUUUGCCAUUGUGUGUGUCCCGCUGUCCGAGGUCCGAGACUUAGACUUUGCCAAUGAUGCCAACAAAGUUCUGGCAGGCACAGUGAGGAAGCUGGAGAAUGGCAGCAUCACUCAGAACGAGAGGAGGUUUGUGACUAAGUUGUUGGAAGACCUCAUCUUCUUUGUGGCUGAUGUGACUAACAACGGACAGGAUGUUCUGGAUGUGGUCAUCACCAAGCCAAACCGGGAACGGCAGAAACUAAUGAGGGAACAAAACAUCCUGGCACAGGUGUUUGGAAUCCUUAAGGCUCCUUUCAAGGAGAGGGCUGGAGAAGGCUCGAUGCUGAGGCUGGAGGACCUGGGCGACCAGCGCUAUGCCCCCUACAAGUACAUGCUGCGCCUCUGCUACCGAGUCCUGAGGCAUUCGCAGCAGGACUAUAGGAAGAACCAGGAGUACAUCGCUAAGAACUUCUGCGUUAUGCAGUCCCAGAUUGGCUAUGAUAUUUUGGCAGAAGAUACGAUCACCGCCUUGUUACACAACAACCGCAAACUACUGGAGAAGCACAUUACGGCAAAAGAAAUAGAGACCUUCGUCAACCUGCUCAGGAGGAACCGGGAGCCGAGGUUUCUGGACUAUUUGUCUGAUCUCUGUGUGUCCAACAGCACUGCUAUCCCCGUCACUCAGGAACUCAUCUGCAAGUUCAUGCUGAGUCCUGGUAACGCGGACAUCCUCAUUCAGACAAAGCUGGUGUCCAUGCAAGUGGAAAACCCCAUGGAGAGUUCCAUCCUCCCUGAUGACAUUGAGGAUGAGGAAGUGUGGCUUUACUGGAUUGACAGCAACAAGGAGCCUCAUGGCAAGGCCAUCAGGCACCUCGCCCAGGAAGCCAAGGAAGGCACCAAGGCUGACCUAGAAGUUCUGACCUAUUACAGGUACCAGCUAAACCUCUUCGCCAGGAUGUGCUUGGACCGCCAGUAUCUGGCCAUCAACCAGAUUUCGACACAGUUGUCGGUGGACCUGAUCCUGCGCUGUGUGUCUGACGAGAGCCUGCCCUUUGACCUCCGAGCUUCUUUCUGCCGGCUCAUGCUGCACAUGCACGUUGACCGGGACCCCCAGGAGUCUGUGGUGCCCGUUCGCUAUGCCCGGCUCUGGACCGAAAUCCCCACAAAGAUCACGAUUCAUGAGUAUGACUCCACCACAGACUCUUCCAGAAACGAUAUGAAGAGGAAAUUUGCCCUCACAAUGGAAUUUGUUGAAGAAUAUUUGAAAGAAGUUGUAAACCAGCCAUUUCCUUUUGGGGACAAAGAGAAAAAUAAACUGACAUUUGAGGUGGUCCACCUGGCUCGGAACCUGAUAUACUUUGGAUUCUACAGCUUCAGUGAGCUGCUGCGGCUGACCAGGACGCUGCUGGCUAUCCUAGACAUCGUCCAGGUCCCCAUGUCAUCGUACUUUGAAAGAUUAAGCAAAUUUCAAGAUGGAAGCAACAAUGUCAUGAGGACCAUCCACGGGGUAGGAGAGAUGAUGACUCAAAUGGUGCUUAGCAGAGGCUCCAUCUUCCCGGUGAGUGUGCCCGACGCACAGCCCAGCGCCCACCUGAGCAAGCAGGCAAGCCCCGGUGAGCAGGAGGACGUGACGGUGAUGGACACCAAGCUGAAGGUCAUCGAGAUUCUACAGUUCAUCCUGAGCGUCAGGCUGGAUUACCGGAUCUCGUACAUGCUGUCCAUAUACAAGAAGGAGUUUGGGGAGAACAAUGACAAUGGGAACGCCUCUGCCAGCGGAUCCCCAGACACAUUGCUGCCGUCAGCUAUUGUUCCUGAUAUCGAUGAGAUUGCAGCCCGGGCAGAAACCAUGUUUGCUGGAAGAAAGGAGAAGACUCCAGUUCAGCUCGAUGACGAAGGAGGCAGGACGUUCUUACGGGUCCUCAUCCACUUGAUCAUGCAUGACUACCCUCCGCUGCUGUCGGGAGCCUUGCAGCUGCUAUUCAAGCACUUUAGCCAGAGAGCGGAGGUGCUGCAAGCCUUUAAACAGGUGCAGUUACUGGUGUCGAACCAAGAUGUCGAUAACUACAAGCAAAUUAAGGCAGAUCUCGACCAGCUUCGGCUGACGGUGGAAAAAUCUGAGUUGUGGGUUGAGAAGAGCAGCAGCUACGAGAAUGGAGAGAUGGGCGAAGGCCAGGCCAAAGGAGGCGAAGAGACAAACGAGGAACCCAACCUCUUGAGUCCGGUGCAGGAUGGCGUGAAGACGCCACAAAUCGACAGCAACAAGUGUAACAACUACCGGAUCGUGAAGGAGAUCUUGGUUAGGCUGAGCAAGCUGUGUGUGCAGAGCAAGAAGGGUCGCAACCAACACCAGCGGCUGCUGAAGAACAUGGGGGCUCACUCGGUGGUGCUGGACCUCCUGCAGAUCCCCUACGAAAAGAACGACGAGAAGAUGAAUGGGGUGAUGGAAUUAGCCCACACCUUCCUGCAGAACUUCUGCCGGGGGAACCCGCAGAACCAAGUUCUCCUUCACAAACAUCUCAAUCUGUUUCUAACUCCUGGACUCCUUGAAGCGGAAACCAUGCGACACAUCUUCAUGAACAACUACCAUCUGUGCAAGGAGAUCAGCGAGAGGGUGGUCCAGCACUUUGUACAUUGUAUCGAGACACACGGCCGCCACGUGGAGUACCUAAGGUUCCUGCAGACAAUCGUGAAAGCGGAUGGCAAAUAUGUGAAGAAAUGCCAGGACAUGGUCAUGACGGAGUUGAUUAACGGGGGUGAAGACGUGCUGAUCUUUUACAACGACAGAGCGUCAUUUCCCAUCCUCCUUAGCAUGAUGUGCUCUGAGAGAGCCCGCGGGGAUGAGAGCGGCCCCCUGGCCUACCAUAUCACCCUUGUGGAGUUGCUGGCAGCCUGUACGGAGGGAAAGAAUGUCUACACGGAAAUCAAGUGCAAUUCUCUCUUGCCCCUGGACGACAUCGUGCGGGUGGUGACCCAUGAGGAUUGCAUCCCUGAGGUCAAGAUCGCGUACGUGAACUUCGUCAACCACUGUUACGUUGACACGGAAGUGGAGAUGAAAGAAAUCUACACAAGCAACCACAUCUGGAAGUUGUUUGAAAACUUCUUGGUGGAUAUGGCGAGGGUCUGUAACACCACCACAGACAGGAAACACGCAGACAUCUUCCUGGAGAGAUGUGUGACGGAGUCAGUCAUGAACAUCGUGAGCGGCUUCUUCAACUCGCCCUUUUCGGAUAACAGCGCCAGCCUCCAGACACACCAGCCAGUCUUUAUCCAGCUGCUGCAAUCUGCCUUCAGAAUCUACAACUGUACCUGGCCCAACCCUGCCCAGAAAGCCUCUGUGGAGUCCUGUAUCAGGGCGCUGGCUGAAGUGGCCAAAAAUCGUGGGAUUGCAAUCCCAGUCGAUUUGGAUGGCCAGGUUAACACACUCUUCAUGAAGACCCAUUCAAGCACGGUGCAGAGGGCGGCCAUGGGCUGGAGGCUCUCCGCUCGCUCUGGACCUCGCUUCAAGGAAGCUCUUGGAGGGCCGGCAUGGGAUUACAGAAACAUUAUCGAGAAGUUACAGGACGUCGUGGCAUCGCUGGAACAGCAGUUCAGCCCCAUGAUGCAGGCCGAGUUCUCGGUGCUCGUCGACGUGCUCUACAGUCCGGAGCUGCUGUUCCCAGAGGGAAGCGAUUCCAGGAUAAGGUGUGGCGCCUUUAUGUCAAAGCUGAUUAACCACACAAAGAAACUAAUGGAGAAAGAAGAGAAACUGUGCGUUAAAAUCCUGCAGACGUUACGGGAGAUGCUGGAGAAGAAGGACUCCUUCGUGGAAGAGGGUAGCAUACUCCGGAAAAUCCUUUUGAACCGCUACUUCAAAGGCGACCAUGGCGUUGGUGCCAACGGACCCCUGUCAGGGGCCUAUGCCAAGACAGCUCAAGGGGGAGGAGGCUUCUCUGGACAGGACUCGGAUAAAAUGGGGACUUCGAUGUCCGAUAUCCAGUGCCUGCUGGACAAAGAAGGAGCAUCCGAACUCGUCAUUGACGUCAUAGUGAACACCAAGAACGACAGGAUUUUUUCCGAAGGCAUUUUGCUUGGCAUCGCCUUGCUGGAAGGAGGGAACACACAAACGCAGUAUUCUUUUUACCAGCAGUUGCAUGAACAAAAAAAGUCAGAAAAAUUCUUCAAAGUCCUUUAUGAUCGGAUGAAGGCUGCUCAGAAAGAGAUCAGAUCCACGGUGACGGUCAACACCAUAGACUUAGGGGUCAAGAAGAGAGACGAUGACGGUGACCUCAUGGCCUCGGGCCCACGGUUGAGAGUGAGAGAUCCAUCACUUCACUUGAAGGAGGGAAUAAAAGGGCAGCUAACAGAGGCAUCUUCAGCCACCUCCAAGGCGUACUGUGUGUACAGAAGAGAAAUGGACCCAGAAAUAGACAUGAUGUGCCCGGGGCCAGAAGCAGGAAGUGCAGAGGAAAAGUCUGCAGAGGAAGUUACCAUGAGCCCGGCCAUCACCAUCAUGAGGCCCAUCCUCAGGUUCCUGCAGUUACUGUGUGAGAAUCACAACAGGGAGCUACAGAACUUCUUGAGGAAUCAGAACAAUAAGACAAACUACAACCUUGUGUGUGAGACGCUACAGUUUCUGGACUGCAUCUGCGGAAGCACUACGGGCGGCCUGGGCCUGCUGGGGCUCUACAUCAACGAGAAGAAUGUAGCUUUGGUCAACCAGACCCUGGAGAGCUUGACCGAGUACUGCCAGGGCCCGUGCCAUGAAAACCAGACCUGUAUCGCGACUCACGAGUCCAAUGGCAUCGACAUCAUCAUCGCCUUGAUUCUGAAUGACAUCAACCCUCUUGGCAAAUACAGAAUGGACUUGGUGUUACAGCUGAAGAACAACGCCUCCAAGCUUUUGCUGGCCAUUAUGGAGAGCAGGCGCGACAGUGAGAACGCGGAGAGAAUUCUCUUCAACAUGAGGCCCAGGGAACUGGUGGACGUGAUGAAGAAUGCCUAUAACCAAGGACUGGAAUGUGACCACGGGGAUGAGGAAGGAGGGGAUGACGGUGUUUCUCCAAAGGACGUUGGGCACAACAUCUACAUUCUGGCCCAUCAGUUGGCCCGCCACAAUAAACUGUUGCAUCAGAUGCUCAAGCCUGGCUCUGACCCUGACGAUGGGGAUGAAGCCUUGAAGUAUUACGCCAACCACACUGCACAGAUUGAGAUUGUGCGGCAUGACAGGACUAUGGAGCAGAUCGUCUUCCCGGUCCCCAAUAUCUGCGAGUUCCUAACUCGGGAAUCCAAGUACCGAGUAUUCAACACGACGGAGAGGGAUGAGCAGGGAAGCAAGGUGAACGACUUCUUCCAGCAAACAGAGGACCUCUACAACGAGAUGAAAUGGCAGAAGAAGAUCAGAAACAACCCCGCCCUGUUCUGGUUCUCCAGGCACAUCUCCCUCUGGGGGAGCAUCUCCUUCAACCUGGCUGUGUUCAUCAACCUGGCUGUGGCUCUCUUCUACCCAUUUGGGGACGAUGGUGAUGAAGGCACGCUUUCCCCUCUGUUCUCCGCCCUCCUGUGGAUGGCAGUGGUAAUCUGCACAUCUGUGCUGUUCUUCUUCUCCAAGCCUGUGGGAAUCCGGCCGUUUCUUGUGUCCAUCAUGCUCCGAUCAAUAUACACCAUCGGGCUGGGGCCAACACUGAUCCUUCUUGGUGCUGCUAAUCUAUGUAACAAAAUCGUGUUCCUGGUGAGUUUUGUGGGGAAUCGAGGCACAUUCACCCGCGGUUACCGAGCGGUCAUCCUGGACAUGGCCUUUCUCUACCAUGUGGCAUAUGUCCUGGUUUGCAUGCUCGGCCUCUUUGUCCACGAGUUCUUCUACAGCUUUCUGCUCUUUGAUUUGGUGUACAGAGAAGAGACCCUGCUGAACGUCAUCAAAAGCGUCACCCGCAAUGGCCGCUCCAUCAUCCUGACCGCUGUGCUGGCUCUCAUCCUGGUCUACCUGUUCUCCAUCAUCGGCUUCCUUUUCCUGAAGGACGACUUCACCAUGGAAGUGGACAGACUGAAAAUCAGGACACCAGUCCCAGGUAACCACGGGGUUCCUACCAUGACCUUACCUUCCAUGACGGGGGCCUGUCAGAGGGAGAACUGCUCACCCACAAUCCCCUCUUCCGACACAGCCGAUGAGGGGAGUGAGGAUGGAAUUGAAAGGACAUGUGAUACCCUGCUCAUGUGCAUCGUCACGGUGCUGAACCAGGGCCUCAGGAAUGGCGGUGGCGUUGGGGAUGUGCUGAGACGACCAUCGAAAGAUGAGCCCUUGUUUGCCGCCCGCGUGGUAUAUGACCUCCUUUUCUUCUUCAUCGUCAUCAUCAUCGUCCUGAACCUGAUUUUUGGGGUCAUCAUUGACACCUUUGCCGACCUCAGAAGCGAGAAGCAGAAGAAAGAAGAAAUUCUCAAGACAACGUGCUUCAUCUGCGGCCUGGAGAGAGACAAGUUUGACAACAAGACGGUGUCCUUCGAGGAACACAUUAAGUCAGAGCACAACAUGUGGCAUUAUUUGUACUUCAUCGUGCUGGUGAGGGUGAAGGACCCGACAGAGUACACAGGGCCUGAGAGCUACGUGGCUCAGAUGAUCACGGAGAAGAAUUUGGACUGGUUUCCUCGGAUGCGAGCCAUGUCACUUGUCAGCAACGAAGGCGACAGUGAACAAAAUGAGAUCCGGAACCUGCAGGAGAAACUGGAAUCCACCAUGGGCCUAGUGAGGCAGCUCUCUGGGCAGUUGGCGGAGCUGAAGGAACAGAUGACUGAACAAAGGAAGAGCAAGCAGAGGCUGGGCUUCCUGGGAUCAAACACACCCCAUGCGAACCAUCACAUGCCACCACACUGACACCACGGGGGCACGCCGCCGACCAGCCUGUCAUCACAUGCCUGCCCCAUCGCCGAAGGACGGACGGAGAUGGAGGGAGCAAACAGUGGCUAUUGUUGAAAAGCUAAAAACAGCCAAGUGCCGAGAUGCUGAGCCAUUUAGCUCCCAGAACAAUCCCUAACUGUGUUUUCAUGCUUGAGAAGACUCAGGCUCAAAAACAGCACAGGGCACACAGACUCUCUGAGCAGCAGGAAACAACCAGGCUGAGAGAGGGUGGAGAGCAGCAGACCUCCCCCCUGCUCAAUCGCUAUGCCCCGGCCUUGUCUCACAUUCUCACGGCAGCCUGAGGUCUGGUUGGGUUUUGUUUCUUCAAAUUAUGGCACACAGGUCAGAGUCAAGAAGCCACACGCUGGUGGCCGAGUCUGACUAAGAAAGAAAAAAGAACUCAUUAAGCUUCCGAACAUUACGUGUAACUGGACAGCUUCUACAUGACAUGAAACAUGACGGGCUCGGAGCUCUACACACUUGGUGCGUUGGAGUUCACACCCCACACAUUGAAAACGUAACUUUCUCCCAGACUCUGUGCACAGCUGCACCAAAGGGAGUUUUCAUAGAACUGGCUUAAAGUCACGGGAAUGCUCAGAUCAUGAAAGAGGAAACAGCUUUGAGAGUUGAUGCUAUUAAAUUAAAUACUGCUAUUAAUAAAGGAAACACUCAAAAGGUGGCAGAAAACACUGAGAAACUUCCUCUGGUGGUUUUGCCUUUUGUAAGCAUGGAGUGAAAAAGCAAGUUGAUUUGUAUCUGUGGUGCUUGAGGACCUGAGUGUUUGCUAUCCCCGUAGCCAUGGGAGGGAAAUCUAAGAAAUAUAUUGAAUAUACAAGAAUGUGCAGACUUUCAAUGGCAAUAGUUCCUUCCCCCAAACAGUUUCCAUGUUGAAUCUUUUGACCAGAAUUUCUCGAGGGAGAGAAUAACCUGGGUGGAUAGAUUAUUUUUGGAGACUGUUUGAGGCAUAAGCGUGAAAACGGCUGUGUGGCGAAGGGCCAGCAGCCAUGACACUACAUUCUGAGCCGGGCCCUUCAGAUGGACCCUCAGGGUCUCCAGACUCUUCAAACUCUCAGCCACCGAGGGUCACACGGGGUCUGUUACAACAACGUUUAACGCUUUAGGGUGUUUCAAGACAGCUCCAGCUGUUGGCUCCUAAUAAGUAAAGUCCUGGGUCUAUAUAGACUCUGCAGAUGGGAAGCCUAGUAGGUCGAGCCUUGGGGUCUAGUGAGGUGCACUAAAUUUACCCAAGCGGCACACGCUAAGACCGUACUAAAUUAUGACAUGUCCUUAGACAGGACCAUGCAUGCCCCACUUAGCCUGACCCUUGCCAGGGAUCUGCUGCAGUUACCUUAAUUCUUUGCUAAAACUUUAUAAUGACAAACUCUCUUCUAAUGACGUCGACAAACUUAGACUAAGGCAGCCAUCUUUAAAAACCCAAGGCCAUCAAUGCUGUGACAGCCUUCGAUAAAAAAAAAAAAAAAAGACUGGUCAAUCUUUUUGAAAGGGGUGGGGACUGCUGUGGGGUACGUCUGACCCAACGCCCAAGCCGUGGCGGCAGCUCGCGUAUUCCUCCUGUGGGAAUAGCCAAGAGAGGUUUUCCCCUGAUGAGACUCUCGCUAUGUGACUUCUUUUCAGCUGCAUUUUUCUUUCCCCUUCUCGAUUAAAGAUUAUAAAACAAAAUUUAUAUUUAAAAAAAAGCAAAUGAGACAAAGGGCACUUUUCUAGGACAUAGAAUUCAUAAAGAUAUUAAAAAAGGAAAUUUGAUGUCUGGUGAGAGUUUACAUUUGUCAUGUGUGUUUCUUAACGUAACUGGAUUGUUUGAAGUUGAGCAUACUCGGUAUUCUCUUAUGUAUAUAGCAAUAUUAAAAAUGCAGUCACCUCUGGCUUCUGUGCUAGGUUUUUUUUCAAUAUUUAGGUUAUUAAAAUCCAUAUUGAUUAAAAGUCGCAGCUCCCUCUGAAUAAUACGUUUAAUUUACAGAAGGGUUUGCUCCCCUGUGUGUACCAUUCUGAGGCUAAAGAGUUCAAUGAAAGAUACCUUCUAAAUUAAAAUAAUCAUUUGGGAGUAGAGAUCUUGCACUGUCUAGAGAUAAUAUUGACCAGCGGUGUGCGUGCAAAGACAGUAUUUUCUACCCUCUAGAAAGUUAAGUUAGAAAAGGGCUUAUUUUCCUCAACCUGCCAUUUUCUUUCCCCUGUGACUGCCAUUUAAUUACAGACUAAUGUGGUGUGACUCCAUCCCUGGGACUGAGUGUGAAUAGGGAGGCCUGGGAGUUGGUGAUGAAGACUAAAGAUGGGAUUUCACUCCCAGCAUGCCAUCUAGCGGGAACGCAGCAAGAAGAGCUUACCUUCAGGGAGCUUGGGUAGGAAAACAAUGCGUAGGAUUGAUGACUUCACAACUGAGAGACCUUAAGCAAGCAGACAGCCACACUGUGUGGAGGAGUAAGCAGAAGACAGCAUACCACUGGCAGCUGUUUUACAGCUUUAUCACAAUAUUCUGUCCUGGAGAUCCCUUCCAAACAAGCAAGAUGCAGUACAGUUAGCACCAGAGGGGGUGGGCGUCUUAAGCCCACACACAGAUGGCUGUGGGAGCCGGGCAAAGAGCUGGCAGAGCUGUGCACAUCUGAGGCUCUUCCCCUGAGCAAGGGCGGGUAGCAAUGUGCGCCAUGCUAAGCUGUCUAUUUGACAGCCAAUUCCAUAUUUCAGAAAAUGCUGGAGGCUACCCAAGGCCCUUUACUUACUCAUCUGCUACCAUCUCUGCAGUAAGGGUUUCUAUGACUCCCUAAAAUCAAACAGACUGAGUGUGUGCGUGCGUGUGUGACAGAGCUCUACAGACAGCUCUCGGUCACCUCUGUGGAGAUUUUCCACAGAUCUGAGCCGUUUGUGAAAUGACUGCCAAUACUCACUUUGCCAAAUUAUUCUCUUUCCUCUAGCCAGAGAGAAUGUCUGUCUUAUCUUUUAAAGGGGUGAUUUUAACAUACUGUUGGGGGCAGGAUAACUUAUUAGUUAAUAUUAAUAAAAUGAA